CAUUGGCACGCACAUACAACCACCCGCAGCUAGUUGAGACUGGCAACUGUUAGGUGCAACACCGGUCCGUUAACUGUGAAACAGCUGUAUAUGACGGCGCGGCACUGCAUUGGAUGCUCUGAUUUAAAACGGUUUAUACAUUUAGCUACAUACAUUUUACACCUGGAUACGGUUGACCAGAGGACGACUGAUGGAGACAACAGUAGGAAUGAGUCAGUUCGUUAACGUUAGCUAGACAUAUAGGCAACUGCUUUCAAGUGGACUCGGAYUUGACACAAGCCGGCCUGUUCUUUAAGGGGUGAGAGGCAGGUGCCAUGACUGGGGCUGAGGAUGACAUCCCAUUGGGUGAAAGCAAGACAGUCACAGACUUCUGCUACCUACUGGACAAAUCCAAACAACUCUUCAAUGGCCUAAGAGAUCUUCCCCAGUACCGGCACAAGCAGUGGCAGUCCUACUUCGGGCGCACCUUUGACGUCUACACCAAGCUGUGGAAGUUUCAGCAGCAGCACAGGCAGGUCCUGGAAUAUCGGCAUGGCCUGAAGAGAUGGCAGAUAGGGGAGGUGGCAUCCAAAAUAGGCCAGCUCUACUAUCACUACUACCUUCGYACCUCAGAAACAAGUUACCUGAAUGAGGCGUUCUCGUUCUACUCGGCCAUACGCCAGCGGUCCUACUACUAUCAGGUCAACAAAGAGGAUAGGCCUGAGUUGGUAGUGAAGAAACUUCGGUAUUAUGCCCGCUACAUUGUAGUUUGUUUACUUCUGAACAAGAUGGACCAAGUGAAAGUGCUGGUCAAGGAGCUGUCAGAGGAAAUUGAGGACUAUACGCAKCGAUUCAACACAGAAGAUCAGUURGAAUGGAAUCUGGUYUUACAGGAAGUGGCAGCUUUUGUGGAGGCAGACCCAGUUGUGGUGCUGAACAAUGAAAAUACUGUGGUCAUCAUAUCCAAUCGGCUACAGGAGGGGGGCAUGCCUCCGUUGGAACAGGGCAUGGUGGUUGGUCAGCUCACCCUGGCAGAUGCACUAAUCAUUGGCAACUGCAACAACCAGGUGAAGUUCAGUGAGCUAACCAUCGAUAUGUUCCGCAUUCUCCAAGCUUUGGAGCGGGAACCAGUCAACCUGGCCACAACGACAUCUAAACAUGGAACAUUGGCCCUUACCCCAUGUCUUCCUUCACAGGAACCCAGCGAGAAGCCAGCCAAGAGAGAGAACCCUCACAAGUACCUGCUGUACAAGCCAACGUUCAGCCAGCUCUUCACCUUUUUGUCUGCCUCCUUUAAGGAGUUGCCAGUGAACAGUGUGCUGCUCAUCUAUCUUUCAGCCACUGGAGUCUUCCCUACUGGAUGCUUGGAUUAUGAGGGACCAUAUGACUUUGGAGGAGUCCUCACCAACACRAACCGUGAUGUGRUCAACGGGGAGACGGUGCAGAAAAGGAACCACGCCCAAAAAGAGAUGCACUGCCUUCACCCUGGGGACUUGUUCCCUUUCACCCGGAAGCCGCUCUUUGUCAUUGUGGACUCCUCCAACAGCACAGCCUAUAAGAAUUUCACUAAUCUCUUUGGUCAGCCGCUGGUGUGUCUUCUAUCUCCCACAGUCUAUCCAAAGAGCAUGCAAGACCAGUCCCAGYGCGGCAGCCUUUUCACACUCUUCCUGUACUGCCCCCUUCUGGCUUUCCUCUCCGUGUGUGGCCUUCGCAGCCUUCGCCAAGGAUUGUGGGAGAAGGCUGAGGAGUUUCUAUGCAAGGUGUUCCAUGACAUUGGCCAGAUGAUUACACGCUCACGAGCUAUAGACCAAGCAUUUCUACAGUUCUACGGUGACGAGUUCCUUCGAUUGUUACUGAUCCGCUUUGUGUUCUGCUCGGCUACACUGAGAAUGCACAGGCUCUUCCAGGACUCCAGGAGCUUCCCGGAAUCGUACCCUCAGCUACCUAAACAGGACACGGUGGAGAGCAGCUUCCUGCGGAAGCACGUUCUGGAGCUGGCCGCCAUGUUGGAUGUGCAGCGCCUCUUUUGGGACGGAGCGCUGGACGUGAACUACUGACUUUUAGCUGACCAGCUAGUCACCACAACUUUACAAACACAGAACAACUACAGACACACACACCACCACUAUACACACUCGCACAGGGGAGAGUCCUCAUCAUCGUUCAGAGGUAAUCAAGUUACCUGUUGAACACACUGCAAUAGUGUCUGAUUCUUUGGAACCCAAGACCCCCUUAUUUCCCCAACCUUAUGUAAAACUAUUUUUUAGCAUAUCAGCUAUAUUUAUUUUGAAUAGUCAUACAGCUACUUGUGGAAGUCAACAGUGCACCAUGCACAAUAAAAACAUGAACAAGUCACCCAUCUACUUAAAUACACAUGAGAUGAGCAUGUACGUCCGUGUUACUCAUAAAAMCGAGCGAAACUCAAAUGAACACAUGGUGUAGCUAUUUUAGUCUUGAGGGCAGCAGGAGGACACAUGAAGAUAUCAAGGGAUUUUAAACGGAAAAAGACGGAAAAUAAAUUAACAUAGUUUUACGACAGCACUGCCUGCAAUUGGUUCACUGCAAAUUGACUUCAAUGCAAGCUGUAGGGAAGUCUCCUUUUCUAAGUGUGGUUAGAUAUGUUGGCCAAGUUUACUGGCUGUAGGGUUUAGAGAGACCACUGGCAUGUUUAUGUUAACCUGACUAGAUUUGCUGGUUUUAACACAUCACGUAAUUGCCUGUAAGUUGCUUUUUUUGUUUUGUUUCAGUAGUCCGUUCUGUAAAACUGAGGCCUGGAGGGGUCAACUAACAGAUGUCUAUGCAGACCCCGAUGAACAGUUUAGCCCUUUCCAGAAACCGCCCCUACUACGUAGGCACUAGCUCCUACGUAGGCACUAGCUCCUACCCUCUAGGUACUAACAUAGGGUGAUGGUGUAGUCAGCGGCUCUGGGUCUGCAAACAUGUCAGCUCCUGUAGUGCAGUGACUGGGCAAGCGGGUGGUCACUAAUCUGUUUCACUGUCUGUUACUCCUUGUAUCAGAGGAAGUUUUCGGACUGGGUUUAACAUGGGUAUAGGUUUAAGCACCCCGCAGGUACACAGCUACCCACCCUCACACAGGCUAAAUAGAAAAACCUUGCCCAAUCAUCUGCUUUUUCAAAGAAUUCACUUGAGGAACCAGGGUGKCUCUUUUCAAAGAUUUUCCUUUGGCCUUGAUUGGAUUUCAUAAGACGUUGGCAGCAUAUCUUGUGAGACUCAAGAAUUGUAGGGUUGGAAGCGGCCUCUUUCUCUUUGCGGUAGACUAUAUGUUUUGGGUAAUGCAUCACAAUAUUCAUACGUAUUCUUUCCUUUACCUGCACUCUCCUGACCAGUUCUUUCARACCAGUGGGAAUGAAGUAAAGGGGGGAUAUUCUAUUGAGAUUCACCGCUCCUGAUUCAAAAUCUUUUGGCUUCUGGGAAAUGUACGACUUUUAGAGGCCCUGUGUCAUUCUUCAUUCCUAAGCCCCCAUAAUUACAUUCCUUUAAGUGGAUUUCUGAGGCAUGAUGGUUGACUGGAAAGAGUUCAUGCUGCUCUUUUUUUCCCCCUCUCUUUCUUUGCAUGGCUUAUCAGUAUUAUUGUCCAUAGACUUUACACAGUCGAGUUUAUGUUAGCCUGAUGGCAGAUGAGUUCCAGCAUUAGCCAUGUAAGCAUAGUCUUGUUUCCUUAAAUUGAUGGGGGCUUGAAGCAAUGGAAACGGCUAGUGCUGAAACAGACCCCAGGCAAUCAGUUUUAAGUACAUGUGUGUGUGGUGAUGAACAAAGAUGGCUAAACAGAUUCUGUUUUUGUAUUUGCUGAGAGAAAAAAUAAAUCAUGUAUGUGUAUAUUUAUGUAUAAUUGAAAAUAACAGUAUGUAAUAGAGA